CGAUUAAUAAAUAGAUAGACAAAACAAGACAAAGCGUGUUAAAAUUUUCUUCUCAUCGUUUCGCGUGCAACUGCACGUCACAAGUUUCAACGUUAUCUACUGUAGGCGCUAUAUUCGCAUUAAACACACAGUGAUUUUACUGUAGACAAUAAAAACCAAGUACGCCGAGUGGAUGUGUGUACGUGUAUAAGUAGUUGGUGAUAAUGCAGUGAACUGCAUGCUUGUUAUUGCCGAAGAAAAUUGAACCUGCAGCCUUUGAGUUCAGACGUUCGAUCGACGGUUAAAUCAAAAGGACCCUGGAUGCAUCCGGGCAGCGGAGCAGGCCGAGGAGCUGGUGCUGGAGGCGACGAUGAAGCGCCAAAGGAUCCCGGCGCCAGGACGACUCACCAGUCGUACACUGAAAAGGAUUUCGAAGGUCACAGAGCGCACACCGUAUACGUGGGCGUUCAUUUACCAGGGGAACGAAGACACCGACGUCAUCACAAACACCAUCACGGAUCGCGUCAAUCGUCCUCAGGCGAGAAGGAUGACUCCGACUCGGAUCGUCCAGUCACUCCACCGGCUCAAAGGGUCCAAUUCAUCCUGGGCGAAGAGGUCGGCGAUGACGCCCACACCUCUCACCCGUUGUUCUCCGAAAUGGAGGAACUGGUCAAGGACGGUGACGAAAUGGAAUGGAAAGAAACGGCGAGGUGGAUAAAGUUCGAGGAGGACGUCGAGGAGGGUGGAAACAGAUGGAGUAAACCGCACGUCGCCACUCUGUCGCUGCACUCGCUGUUCGAGCUUCGAAGCCUGAUAUUGAACGGCACCGUAAUGCUGGACAUGGAGGCUUCGAGUCUGGAACAAAUCGCCGACCUGGUACUCGACAGUAUGAUAAGCAAAAAUGUGCUGCCAGCCGAGUCGAGGGAGAAGGUUCGAGAAGCUCUUUUGGUCAGGCAUAGACACCAGCAUGAAAGACGCAAGGACAACAACAUGUCGAGAUUGCCGAUAAUAAGAUCGCUAGCGGAAAUAGGUCGAAAUCAUUCCUCGUCAAAGAAUUGUGACUGUUCAUGUGGUUUGCAUUCGUUGUUGACGUCAGAUUUGCAGGAGAGACGUCCCGGCGGGGACAGCUAUGUCCCUGCGGGGGAAGCUGCGCCCCGGGACGCGGUCGUGUCCCGGAGCAGAAGUUGCCCAAGUCCGGACACGAGCCUCUUGUCCAAGGAGGCCAAGGACUCGAAAGGGCCUUACCUCCUGGUACCAGUGGAAGAAUCUAAUUCUGCACCAGUGAUAGCUGGUGCAACGGGUCAGGGAAGUGGCGGAGCUCUAAAUGCUGGAGGGCGUUUCCUCGGUAUCCCCGGGAGCUUCGGCCAAGAACCAGGAGGUAAUGGAUUGGACCGAAGUCCCAGCAGCAUCUCGAUUAGCAGGAAUCAUAGUUCGCCCGGUUUGGAAAAUGGAGACAUUAAUCACAGGGGUAAUACAAAUUUCAUGAGAAAAAUACCGCCGGGAGCAGAGGCGAGCAAUAUUCUGGUGGGUGAAGUGGAUUUCCUGGAUAAAACCUUGUCAGCAUUUAUACGCCUGAGUCAAGCUGGAAUAAUGGGGGACUUAACGGAGGUCCCCGUACCAACUAGAUUUAUUUUUAUACUUCUUGGACCAACGGGUGGAAGCUCGGGUUUUCACGAAAUAGGAAGAGCAAUGGCGACUUUGAUGUCCGACGAGGUGUUCCACGACGUGGCAUACAAGGCGAGAAAUCGAGACCAUCUUCUGGCCGGUGUCGACGAAUUCCUGGACGCAGUGACGGUCCUUCCACCAGGAGAAUGGGAUCCAACGAUCAGAAUCGAGCCUCCGGCUGCGAUUCCUUCGCAGGACACGAGAAAAAGACCGAAGGAGGAAAAGCCAAAGGAGGAAUUCGACGAGGAGGCCGACGAACAGAAGCAGAGAGAAGCUUCGGGGCUUUCGCGAACCGGUAGAUUGUUCGGGGGUCUGAUGAACGACAUAAAGAGAAAAGCACCCUGGUACUGGUCCGAUUUUAAGGACGCCCUGGCACUCCAGUGCAUCGCAUCGUUUAUAUUUUUAUACUUCGCCUGUCUAUCGCCUAUCAUAACCUUCGGUGGCCUCCUCAGUGAAGCAACGGGAAAAAAUAUGGCCGCAAUGGAGUCUUUGGUAUCAGGAUUCGUCUGCGGUGUUGGUUACGGUUUUUUUUCCGGCCAGCCAUUGACCAUCCUUGGAUCCACCGGACCAGUUUUAGUAUUUGAAACGAUAGUUUUCGAAGUCUGCAAAAAAGCAGCUUGGAAUUACAUGUCCUUCCGAUUUUGGAUCGGUGCAUGGAUAGCGGUGAUUCUCAUCGUUUUAGUUGCUAUCGACGCCAGUGCCUUUGUAUGUUACAUCACGCGGUUUACCGAAGAGAACUUUGCUACGUUGAUAGCUUUUAUUUUCAUCAUCAAGGCUCUGGAGAACGUUUUAUCGAUUGGCCAGAAAUUUCCUAUAAAUACACAUCCCGGCGAAAUACCGAACUACGAGUGUUGGUGCAAACCACCGAAUUUGACGUCGUCUUUUUCGUCGUCAAGUGGCCAAUACUUGAACUGGACGGACCUCAACCAGAAAGAGUGUCUUAAUUUUAACGGCACGCUUGAAGGCGUCGGAUGCAACACGCCUCACUACAUUCCCGACGUAUUUCUGAUGUCGAUAAUCCUGUUCAUGGGAACGUUCCUGCUAUCCAUCGAGCUAAAGGACUUUAAAAACGCGCUGUUCUUCCCGUCUAAGGUGAGGCAAAUAGUGAGCGAUUUCGCGGUGAUAAUAGCGAUAUUCUCGAUGUCACUGCUGGACCACUUCGUCGGUAUCGCAACGCCGAAACUGGAAGUGCCGCAGGAGUUUAAACCGACGUUGGAAGGUCGUGGUUGGAUGAUUUGGCCCUUCAACGAGAAUCCCUGGUGGAGUUCGAUCGUCGCAGUCCUUCCCGCGCUUCUCGGUACAAUUUUAAUUUUCAUGGACCAGCAGAUAACAGCGGUGAUAGUAAACCGGAAGGAGAACAAACUGAAGAAGGGCUGCGGCUAUCACUUGGACCUUUUCGUCCUCGCGAUUCUGAUAGCGAUUUGCUCGGUGAUGGGACUUCCAUGGUUCGUCGCUGCAACCGUGCUUUCAAUAAACCACGUCAACUCCCUGAAGUUGGAAUCGGAAUGCGCAGCUCCAGGAGAAAAGCCGCAAUUCCUUGGAGUCCGGGAGCAGAGGGUCACCCACAUACUGAUAUUCCUGAUGAUCGGUUGCUCGGUUCUCCUCACUUCCAUGCUCAGACACAUUCCGAUGCCCGUCCUCUUCGGGGUGUUUCUUUACAUGGGAGUCGCUUCGUUAAAGGGUCUCCAAUUCUUCGACAGACUGUUGAUCAUGCUUAUGCCGGUUAAGUAUCAGCCGGACUACAUGUUUCUUAGACAGGUUCCCCUGAAACGUGUUCACGUGUUUACACUCAUUCAAUUGGCUUGCCUGAUCUGUCUUUGGCUCAUCAAAUCCUUCAGCGCUACAUCGAUUCUGUUUCCUCUAAUGCUGGUCGUGAUGAUCGGAAUAAGAAAAUCGUUGGACUUUUUCUUCACGAGACGUGAGAUGAAGAUCCUAGACGACGUGAUGCCUGAAACGAGCAAGAAGCAUGCCCACGACAUGCAGCAACUUGAAAACGGCGAGGACGAGGAGAAAUCGCUCGGUUUCGGAACGUCGGGAAAUCUUCAGAUUCCAUUGGCGAAUGGAAACAUAAUGAAGAUACCGUUGGCGAGUAUAAACAUCAGCGAAGAGGUGAACAAGACCGGAAUAUGGCAGCAGGUGAACGAGGGGAAUUCGACACCCGGAGAAAAGCCAAAGCAGCCAAAAAUUAUCAAUGUUGGCAAACAGAAGAAGCACAGCAGAAGUAAAGACACGGCGUUGCUGAUGGCCGACGAGACAACGAGAUUGACGACAAUGACCGAAGAGGAGGAAGAAGAUUGCGGAAUUUCUAUAAAGGUUGAUUUGAUAAGAUCAAAGGAGUCUCCGAGUCCUCUAAAGGCAAACGGGACAACAUCCGCCGAGACGUCCGUCUGAAUUGUUGAAAUAUGCAUUAGAAAAGAAAACGGAAAGAAAUCAAACAAUAAAAUACAUAUUCGAAGUGGGAAUAGUUUUAAAACAUUUUUACAAUAUUAUUAAUGUACGAAUCGAAACGUGACACGAAUUUCUCCCCACCAUUUCACCCUUCGAUUAUU